AUGGCGUCUGAAUCUCCACCAUCACGCGCCGCUGCCGAGGCUACCGGAACGGCUCAACAGUCGACAGUCAAAACAACUGAGCGGACAUACCCACUGAUAUCUCGCCGUGAGAUUGAGGCCUUGAUAUCUGAGGGACGCCAUAUUAUUAUCGUCGACCAAUAUGUCCUGAAGGUAGACCCUUGGGUCAAAUAUCACCCUGGUGGUGAUAAGGCCAUCAAGCACAUGAUUGGGAGGGAUGCGACUGAUGAAGUAAAUGGACUACACUCCCCAGAAGCAAGAACUCAGAUGAACAGGUACAGGGUUGGCAGGAUAGAAGGGAGAUGGAAGAACUUCUUGCCGCCGAUACAAGGAGGCAAGUUCAGGCCGAGAGGAGAGCAAGGAGAAGAGUGGGAAGAGGAAUCGCCAGAGACAAGGUCCAAAGCUACAAGCUACGACGAGGAUACUAGCUUCCUGUCGUCAUCCUAUGCGAGUCAGGCCGCCUCUGUCGACUCGGAGAGCUCACGGACCCCUUCACCGGCCCCAUCCCCGGUGUUUGAUGGAGAUGCGGCUCCGGAGACGAACGAGCUCCGCGCCCGUACUAACGCUCGGUCGAAGUCGGCUGUGAGCCGAUCCGACUCAUUCACCUCGAUCUCCUCCGUUGAGGAUGAGAAGCCCACUGCCAAGCGCGUCAACAAUGGCCCUAGGGAUGGUAUGGCCCAUCUCGACGCCCUAACGAGGCAAGAGAUCAGACUCGAUCUCGACAAGUACCCUCCCCUUGACGAGGAGACCCAAGAUACCGUCAUCCGAAAGUAUCGUCAACUUCAUGAGCGCAUCAAGGCCGAAGGACUCUAUGACUGCAACUACGUUGCUUAUGCCAUCGAGGGGUUCCGCUAUACCCUCCUCUUCACCGGCUGUCUUCUGUUUCUGAAAUGGGGUUGGUACGUUCCUAGCGCCUUCUGUCUUGGCUCCUUCUGGCAUCAGUUGGUCUUUACUGCUCACGACGCGGGUCACAUGGGUAUCACGCACCAUUUCCACGUCGACACUGUCAUUGGUAUAAUCAUUGCCGACUUCAUCGGUGGUCUGAGUCUGGGCUGGUGGAAGCGCAACCAUAACGUGCACCACAUCAUCACCAACAGCCCCGAGCACGAUCCGGAUAUCGAACAUCUGCCCUUCUUCGCCAUCUCGCACCGUUUCUUCACCAACCUGCGGUCCACCUACUACGACCGUGUCAUGGAGUACGACAUGGCUGCCAAAUUCUUCGUCUCCCUCCAGCACUACCUCUACUACAUCGUCAUGAUGUUCGCCCGCCUGAACCUCUAUCGUCUCUCGUGGGAGUACCUUCUCAAGGGCCAGGCACCCAAGCACGGUCCUGCGUGGUGGCACCGACAUCUCGAGCUUGCCGGCCAGGUCUUUUUCUGGUACUGGUUCGGAUACGGGAUCAUGUACAAGGCGAUCGACGGCAACUGGAACCGCUUCAUUUUCUUUAUGAUCUCCCACGCGGUUACCAGCCCGCUGCACGUGCAAAUCACGCUUUCUCACUUCGCCAUGUCAACCUCUGACCUGGGCCCCCACGAGUCCUUCCCGCAGCGCAUGCUGCGCACGACCAUGGACGUCGACUGCCCGGAGUGGCUGGACUUCUUCCACGGCGGCCUCCAGUUCCAGGCUAUUCACCACUUAUACCCGCGCAUUCCUAGGCACAACCUCCGCAAGACGCAGAAGCUGGUCCAGGAGUUUUGCGACGAUGUCGGCAUCCCCUAUGCGCUGUACGGAUUCGUGGAAGGAAACAAGCAUGUCAUUGGAAGACUGGCAGAUGUGGCUAGGCAGGCGGCUAUUUUGAAGAAGUGCCAGCAGACUAUUGUCGAUGGCAGCAUUGGGCAUUCUCAUGCUCACUAA